AUGAAGCCGGCAACCAGCGGUGGGGAUCAGCACAGCGCUUACACUAUAACCAGCAGCCCCCUGCAGAAACUAGGAAUAUUUACAGCGAGGCUAACCAGUCAGGAGCUCCUCUCCAAACAAGAUGACUGUACUGGGAGCUCGGAGGGACAAUUGAUAUCUACAGAUUAUAAUGCAGAUGAUCCGGGUGUCACAUCAGAGACGUAUGAAGAUUGUGCCAUUAUCCCAGAUGUACCAUCCACCCUUCACAGCAAAACUCUGUCAUCUGACCCUUUAAAACAAAUCCGAUCUUCUGAUUCAUCACAGACUGUUAACCAGAAUGCAAGCCACAAAAGGGGUGAGGGAGCCCAAAGAGCUCAGAAAGGGAAGAAGUCAUAUCCAUGUUCAGAAUGUGGGAAAUGUUUUACUCACAAAUCGGAACUUGAGAGGCAUCAGAGAGUUCACACGGGAGAGAAGCCGUAUUCUUGUUCAGAAUGUGGGAAAUGUUUUACUCAGAAAUUUUCUCUUGUUGUUCAUCAAAGAAUUCACACAGGAGAGAAGCCGCAUUCAUGUUCAGACUGUGGGAAAUGUUUUAAUCACAAAUCAGAACUUGAGAAGCAUCAGAGAGUUCACACUGGAGAGAAGCCGUAUUCAUGUUCAGAAUGUGGGAAAUGUUUUACUCAGAAAUUUUCUCUUGUUAUCCAUCAAAGAAUUCACACAGGGGAGAAAGCGUAUUCAUGUUCAGACUGUGGGAAAUGUUUUGCUUACAAAUCAGAUCUUGAGAAGCAUCAGACAGUUCACACGGGUGAGAAGCCGUAUUCAUGUUCAGAAUGUGAGAAAUAUUUUACUAUGAAAUCAUCUCUUCUUUUACAUCAAAGACUUCACACAGGGGAGAAGCCGUAUUCAUGUUCGGAAUGUGGGAAAUGGUUCACUCAGAAAUCAUAUCUUAUUAAACAUCAGAGAAUUCACACAGGGGAGAAGCCAUAUUCAUGUACAGAAUGUGCAAAAUGUUUUACUCAUAAAUCAAAUCUUCUGAAACAUCAGAAAGUUCACACAAAGGAGAAGCCGUAUUCAUGUUCAGAAUGUGGGAAAUGUUUUACUAAGAAAUCAUAUCUUCAGAGUCAUCAGAGAAUUCACACAAAGGAGAAGCCGUAUUCAUGUUUACAAUGUGGGAAAUGUACAAAGUGCACAAAGGAGAAGCCGUAUUCAUGUUUACAAUGUGGGAAAUGUACAAAGUGCACAAAGGAGAAGCCGUAUUCAUGUUAAGGAUGUGACUGAUAUUUCGUUAGAAAAUCUGAUCUUCAACAUCAAAGACGUCACACGG